AUGUUGCACAGGUCGUCAAACCCUACCUUGAAACACUCAAAUGGGAUGUCCUACCCCACCCGCCGUAUAGUCCAUACCUUGCGCCAUCCGAUUACUCUCUUCCGAUCAAUGCAACAUAGCCUGGCUGACCAGCACUUCUCCAAUUAUGAAGAAGUCAAAAAUUGGAUCGAUUCGUGGAUAUUGGAGAAGCCGGCCGAAUUUUUCAGAAAGGGUAUUCGUGAAUUGCCAGAUAAAUGGGAAAAGUUCAUAGCUAGCGAUGGACAAUACUUUGAAUAUUAA